CACCAGGAGAGGGGAAGGGAGGCAGAGCUGAGGUUGCAGAUCCUGUGUUCAUCUCGACUCCAGAUCUCAGCAGCCUCCCUUGUCCAUUUUCACUAAGUUUCGUUCUGGUGGAUGUAGGGGGUUUUGCAUUUAAGGGAGCAGCGACGUUUCAUUCACAGCCCCCCCUCUCUCUCUCUCUCUCUCCCCCUUCUCUGUGUGAUGGUGGAUGUGUGUGGAUCACAGCAUCCCCCUCCCUCUCUGUGAAUGGCAAAGCACGUCUGAGAUGGUCAGUGGUGUGUCCCUGAGCUGUGCUGAGGUUGGAGGCGAGGUACCAGCCCCCAAGUGCUGUUUUUGCUGAGCUCAAAGGCAGGGAUAAGGUGGAGAUAUAUCUCACUUCUAGAAGAAGGAACAGCCAAAAAUAUAAAUAAUCUCUUUCUCCCUCCUCCCACCCACCUACCUACUGCGACCAUGAUGAGCCUUACACAACCCCUCCUUUGUGCUUUGGGAUGUGUGUGUUUCAUUUUGUCCGUGGUAGAAGGAGCCAGCACGGAGAACUGGAUAGGAGAUUCUGUGACACAGGACACCACCAUGUCUGACCAGGAACUUACAUCGGUGGCCUUGGUAGAAGAGCACAGUGAGGAAUGGAUGCAGGGUCAGGCAUCCAGCAGCUCAGAUCCUGAGGUUGUGCCCGUGGUCUCUUCACCUCAAGAAGAAUCAAACAGUUCAGAGUCCCAACAGUCCUGGGAAGUUGGGUCUCAGGAAGAGCCUGGACAAUCCUCAGGUAACGGUGCCCCUUCUCCCCUCGUCCCGGCGGGAACCUCGCCCAUACCUGUCGUCAAUGCGUCCACUGCAGCUCACACAUCGAGGUCUUCACCGAAUCCUUCGCACUCUGACACAGCGAGUCCUUUGCCGCUGGGCACCGAAGGGCGCGGCAACACGCCGGGCGCAAACCAGUCUGAGCCGCUACCGGCGGUCCGGCUCCCACGACGACCGCCUCGGCUCCGCCCAGCUCCGGCUGCGCCCGGUUCAGCUCCAGUUAUAACCGGUUCGGCGCCGGUUCCCACAGACUCGGCGCCGGUGACGGCCGGCCCAGCGCCGGUCGCAACCGGUUCGGCGCCGGUUGCGUCCGGCCCAGUUCCGGUUCCGACCGGUUCAGCACCAGCUCCAACCGGCCCACACGGGGACCUGUCGUCUGACUCGGGCGAGGCUGCCGAUCGGCCGACCAGUGAGUGGCCUGCGUUCGGUCACGGCGACGGCCAAGGCACGACACCAUCAGUCGGCGUAACGGCAGCCGGGCCGGUGUUGUCUGUCCCCGGCUCCACGGCCUCCCGGCCGCCGCCUCUCACCGUCGCGCCCGGAACCGACGAGAGGGUCGUCGGAUUCGUUCCGGUUCUUUCCACGGUCGUCGGGGGCAACGAUGCUUCCAGCCCCCCCGCCACUACUACCGGGUGGAGUGAGCCACCUGUCACCUUCCCAAGUUCAGCCGCAGAGGAUACGGGAGCUCGUACAGCGGAGACCGAAUUCGUUCCUGGCGACAGAGGCUCUGCCGCGGCUUCGGAACUACCGCUGGACACCACGCAGGUUGUCUGUGUAGACUGGAGUAAACUAGCAGGGAAGAGCUACAUCAUCCUGAACCUGACUGAAAACACAGAGUGCGAAGUGUUUCGAUCUCGUAACGGAUUGAAGCUGCUGAAGAUGGUCGCAGGAGCCUUCUCCGGGACGCUGAGCACCCCCGAGGAAUUGUGGCACAUCUCACUCAGCAGCGAGGACGAUCAACACCUGCUCAUGAUGCUGGCCACUGACCGAGGUAUAAUACCAGCGAAAGAGGUCCUUUCUACACUGGGAGACAUCAAGCAAAACUUGAAAGAGAUUGGUGUCCACAAUGUCACCUUCGCCACAGGCUGUCAGGGACGGCCCAGCCAGUCUCGCGGGGACUAUGGGAAGCUCUUUGUUGUCUUGGUUAUCAUCGGCUCCAUCUGUGUGGUCAUCAUCGUCUCAGGGCUGAUCUAUAUUUGCUGGCAGCGUCGUCUCCCAAAGCUCAAGAACAUGUCACUUGGAGAAGAACUCCAUUUCGUUGAGAACGGCUGCCACGACAACCCCACCCUGGACAUAACGAUAGACAGCACCUCAGAGAUGCAGGAGAAGAAGCCGAGCGUGAACGGGGACGCGAUCGACGGCAGCGGUGGCUGGAACGCCCUGAUUAAUAAACGCUCGAAAGACGACCCAGACAAUUUUGAAGAAGAUACCCACCUUUAGAGCUUAGAUACACCCAGCUAUAUUAAUUUAGUAUAGAGGAUAUAUUUUUGACGGACCUGCUACCCCCCACUCCCAACACCUUGUACUUUGCACACGGCCACCAAUGCUUGUCAGGGAACAAGCUAACUCCGCAUUCAAAAGGUACCAAUAUCCCUUCAUGUUGUGGGUGCUUUCCAUACCAGAAUGUAUGUGUUACCCACAAAAUAGCAAAUAUAAUCGCUAUUACCUUCGCAUAGAACCAGUCAAAAUUAAACGUUAACUCUCUGCCUAGUGACUGGUCCACUUCUGCUUUUACAAAUGUAUAUUGGGACGAGGUUGGACAAUAGGUUUAAAAUCUGAUCCCUUUGAGAAGGAAACGUAAGAAUUGGAUCCUACCUGAUCCGAUGAGACGCACAGUUGACUGCAUCACUCCUCAACAAGACAUUUGCUCAAUCGUGAUCUUUUUGCUCGUACACAGCUCACAUUUUCAAGGCUGUAAAUUUGACACGGUCUUGGGUAAUCCACAUGUAAUUCACACAUUGAGAACCACAGAAUGCAUUGGCUUUGGAGGGACGAGUCAAUGGAGAGUACUCACUGUUGGGUUUGGCUUCAGUGGAUGUCUCUGAGUGAUCUGAGGCUCAACCCAUGUGCCAAAUGAAUCAAGUAAAAGGUAGUUUCGAUCACACAAGUGCUCAACACAAAACUUUCCACGAUUCUGUACCAGAUGUAAUCUCGAAUAUUUGGCAAUUGGGAAUGGAAGAUACUUCUUGGGUUAAAGACACACUGUGGGAUAUUUUAGGAAAGCUCUGCCUUCUUCUUAUCUCACUCUGUUCAGUCCUAUCUCCUGCCAUUCUGUAGAGCACUAUCUGCAGAUGUUCCGUCACCCAGCUCUGUUGUUGGUCUUUUCUACACGAUUCCAACAAGAAACAUAAAUUUAGCACAGUUUCUAUCCCCCACCCCCUCUCUCAGCUUCUGUUAGCAUCGACUCCUACGAGAAUGGGCACACCUGCAGCUGUCAGGUGAAGAACCUGAGUACAUCCCCAGCUGAAUACCCAGUUGUCUCUCAUUGGGCUCAAGGGUGAAAACCUGCUCUUUGAGCAAGGGACUGGGAAGUUAGAAUUUCAAUCAAAAACCACUGACCCAGGAUAAAUAUGUCACCCUGCACCCUGUGAGUGCCACUACCCCGAUGGUGUUUUUUUUGUUGUCACCGGGUGUCUUGACACAUGCGGCAAACCAUUACCAUCAUCGUGCCCAAGAGUAUCCAAACCAAACUGAGAAUUCCAUGUAUUCUCUACACGUGAAAAUUCUCAGCGAAACCUUGUUGGAACGGAAUGCGCACUCUCUGCCCGGAGGAAUGGAUCCUGCUCACCUACCAUCCACCCUGGUGAAAGGACGUUGCCAUUUUACCAGCAAUCAAGGCUUCUCAGUGGCACCUUCUCAGUGGCUUUGUCCAAUUUGAUCCCAGGUCCCAGUUUCAAUCCCUGGUCACAGGUUUGAUCCCCGUCCGAAGUGCUAAGGUGACUGAUCCUCGCCAGAAGAAGGGGCCUCUUCAAUUGGCCUCAAGAUGCCUUGGUUGGAGGGGUGGGAUCGCAAAUGAGAUUUUUCAGCUCCUGUUCGCUAUCCAGUGACCCCUGGCUGAAGGGUUGGGUGAGGACAGCAUUGGAUUAGGCUGUGAAUGCAGCCCCACCUCAAGCUCUCCAGUGUGCCAACAUUAAUUUGCCAAUGAAUAGUGUCCCAGAAGGCACCCGGGGCAUUGGGAGCUAUGCAUAAUAGAAGGAGAAAGGCGUCAAAUCUCUUGAGGAAAGAAGGGAAGGUGAUAAUUAUUGGUGUAACUAUAAGCCCUUAAGCUCCAGCUGCAAUAAAUUAGCAUUCAAGAAAAGUUGUCUGGAGUUUGCUACCUGUGACGGGCGUGUGUGUGGCGUGUGUUACCGUGUCUGUAACUGAGCCUGUGAUUCCUAAUGUGUCAGCUGCACGUAGAGCCGAUUCUUGACCGCAACAGCACUGUGAAAAUAACAUUAGCUUUGAUGUCAACUUCAAAACUCUUUGUAUAAACUAUCCCCUUACCUGUCAGAGACCGUCUGCACAGCAAGAUCCAGUGGUGGCAUUGAGAGCCGGCUGAGUCUCAGGAGGUUCCCGAGGAGGACCUGGUCCGAAAAAGACCUCGCGUUUAGAUUUGUGAAGUGAGGACUGUUUGAGCGUGACAAGGUGCCUAAGAAAUUGUGUGCUUGGUCAGUUCAAUAAACAACUACAUGUUUUACCCAGUGA